AUGGCGACCAACGCUGUGCCAGACACGCAAUUGGGCCUCACGGCGGAAGAGAUCCAGCUCUUGCGCCAAGGUCAGGCAGCGUUGGGCGGAAGCGCCGGCGGAGGCUCGACGAGCUCCCGGGCGGCCAGCAGAGCUAGCAGCCAAGGCUUGUUGCUGCUCGAUAGCUCUUCCUUAACGGCCCUCGGGAGAUACUUUGACCGGCUCAUGGCCGGGAUAGAGCACAACAUCCGCUACCUCAGCGAACAGGCCCAAAUGUUCACUCAAGUCCAGUAUGACCGGGCGGGCAACAUCAUUGACGGCGCCGACGCGGAGAUCGCCCGAUACACGGAGAUCCUUCGCCAGCUCGACGAGCUCGAGGUGGAUUUUGACCGGAUAGCUCACAUCAAGGAAAUUGUCAAAGGGUACCGUCAGCGGGUCGAGGAGCUCGAGAGAGACCUGGAGACGAGCGGCUCGUCGAGCCGACACCACAAACACUCAUCGCACCAUUCAUCGCACCGCCACGGCCACGGCCAUUCGCACUCACACCGCCACGGCUCCUCCCACAAGCACAAGCACUAA